AUGACCAAUCACUCGCUCCGCCAGGUCCUACAGAAGUCAAAGACUUUGGGGCGCCUUGUGAAGUGGGUUAUUAAGCUUAGGGAAUUCGACAUCCACUUCAAGUCUCGAACGAUGAUGAAGGGUCAAGCCGCCGCUGAUUUUAUUGCCCAGUUCAUCCCACCAGAGGGGACCAAGAGUGACAACACCGCUGAGGCCACCGAACCGGCGCCAGUGUGGGAUAUCUAUGUGGAUGACUCUGCCAAUAAGACCUCUAGUGGGGCCGGAAUAAUAACAACUGAUCCAGAAAGGAAUGAGUACCCUUACACCCUCCGGUUUAACUUCGAGACCUCCAACAAUAUAGUUGAGUACGAAGCCUUGAUUGGCGGGAUACAACUUUGUCUAGAAUUUGAGGCCACUAGAAUUCGGAUCUUCAGUGAUUCUCAACUAGUGGUCAACCAGGUUGAUGGAAGCUAUCAAUCCCACCACCCUCGACUCAUCUCAUAUCAGAAUCUGGCUGGGUCAUUACUCCAAAAAUUUGACUUCUUUGAGAUCAAACAACGGAGCUGUUGGUUUGCCGAUGUGUACUUCUCGACCGCCCUCCCCUUCUCCCCCACCUCGCCUUGGACAUAUGCCUCCUAG